AUAUUAGAACCCUGGAACAUGGAUAAUAAAAAGAUGAUACAUUGGCAGUCAUAAAACAUGGCAUUAACUAUCAGAUCUGAUAUGCCAUUUAUUAUGCUAUUCUAUGUUAUUUUUUCUUCUCUUUAGAAUAUUAUGUUAACUAUCUCUUGGACAGUUUGUCAUAGAGAGUCCUAUGUAGAACACAAAUGAUACAAUUGUUUGAAAUGUUAAUUGUGUUAACAAUUUCAAAUAUUACAUGUUCUACUUACCAAUAAUUACACUAGUAAUAUAAAUUACAGAGUACUGGAUUAGUCUUAAUCCAAUUGUUAAGUAUUGGAAUAGUCUUAAUGCCAAUCUCCUCUUGAUUCCAAAUGACAUUUAUGAAAAUAAUUUGCUCUUCUAAAUUUUCUUUCAAAAAUUACCAGUGUCAUAAAAUAAUUGAAAAUAAAUUUCUCUGCUGUGGCUUAGAAACCUGCCAAGAUGUUUAAAAAAUUUAUUUGGAAAUCCAAAUUGGAAUAGUUUCAGUUUCAGUACAUGUAAGUUAUUUUUUAUUAGGUGAUUUUAUUAAGUGAUUUAAAUAUGCAUAAGAGAAACACCAUUUUAACCUUUUUAAGUGUAGAAUUCUGUGUCAUUAAGUACAUAUAUUGUUGUGUAACCAUCACUACCAUGCACCUAUCUCCAAAACCAUUUCAUUGUCUCCAACUAACACUUUGUUCUUGUUAAACAAUUAAUCUCCUUCUCUCCCUUCCCCCAUCCUCCAGAGUCCAGCAUUCCACUUCUGUCUCUGUGAAUUUCACUACUCUGGAUACUUCAUGAAAGAGCAUAUGAAAUCCCCAUGGAAAAUUACAAUCAAACAUCAACUGAUUUCAUCUUAUUGGGGUUGUUCCCGCCAUCAAGAAUUGGCCUUUUGCUCUUCAUCCUCAUUGUUCUCAUUUUCCUAAUGGCUCUAUUUGGAAACCUAUCCAUGAUUCUUCUCAUCUUUUUGGACACCCACCUCCACACACCCAUGUAUUUCCUACUUAGUCAGCUCUCCCUCAUUGACCUAAGUUACAUCUCCACCAUUGUUCCUAAGAUGGCUUCUGAUUUUCUGCAUGGAAACAAGUCUAUCUCCUUCACUGGGUGUGGGAUUCAGAGUUUCUUCUUCUUGGCAUUAGGAGGUGCAGAAGCACUACUUUUGGCAUCUAUGGCCUACGAUCGUUACAUUGCUGUUUGCUUUCCUCUUCACUAUCUCAUCCGCAUGAGCAAAAGAGUGUGUGUGCUGAUGAUAACAGGAUCUUGGAUCAUAGGCUCUAUCAAUGCUUGUGCUCACACUGUAUAUAUUCUCCAUAUUCCUUAUUGCCAAUCCAGGGCCAUCAAUCAUUUCUUCUGUGAUGUCCCAGCCAUGGUGACUCUGGCCUGCACGGACACCUGGGUUUAUGAGGGCACAGUGUUUUUGAGCACCACCAUCUUUCUGGUGUUUCCCUUCAUUGGUAUUUCAUGUUCCUAUGGCCGGGUUCUCCUUGCUGUCUACCGCAUGAAAUCUGCAGAAGGGAGGAAGAAGGCCUACCUGACCUGCAGCACCCACCUCACUGUAGUGACUUUCUACUAUGCACCUUUUCUCUACACUAAUCUACGUCCAAGAUCCCUGCGAUCUCCAACAGAGGACAAGGUUCUGGCUGUUUUCUACACCAUCCUCACCCCAAUGCUCAACCCCAUCAUCUACAGCCUGAGAAACAAGGAGGUGAUGGGGGCCCUGACACGAGUGAGUCAGAGACUCUGCUCUGUGAAAAUGUAGAAACAUUUUCUAUUUAAGGCCCCAGGACUCAGAUACACAUCCAUCCAGCAGUGUAUAGUAAUUAAAACAUUAUUUCAAUCCUAGAGUUCAGGAGCUAAAAGUAAUCAAGGUAAGAGAAAAAAAAUCACUGAUUUCUGGACAAAAUUGUUACACACACACACACACACACACACACACACAUAUAUAAUUCUAAACAACCUUUUUUCUUCAUGGCAUUGUUUCCAUAAAUUUUGAAAGCACCUACUUUUGCUAAUAUGUUGUCAAUGAGAAUUUUUGGUUUUGGUCAUGCAGAAAUGGAAAUGAAAUUUGUCUAAAUUUGGCACUCAGCAUAACAAUUUCAUUAUGGUCAAUUUGUUUUCCAGUAAUUUUAAAUUUACUUUUUUGUUUAUGUCUAAAACAAAACAAAAAAUAAGUCUCUUGACUUGGUGUAUCUAAUUGAAAGCUGUAAGAUGUCUUAUCUUUCUUAUCUUAGACACUUAACAUACCAGUUACCCAUUCUUUCAAUUUAGGGAAGUUGUUUUUACGCAAUUUAGCAGAGAGCUCAUCAGGGAUUCUUAAGUCCUGAUACCACUCUGGAUGGCCUAUGACAAGAUGAUGUUCUUUAUAGGGGAAUGAAUCCCGGGAAAUGAUUUAACAUUAGGUAUAUUUUGAUCAACAACAAGGACUGGAAUGUGCCAGCAGUAAUAAAAAUGGUUACAUUUAGGUCUUUAACCUGUUUUGGGUUGAUUUUGGUAUAGUGUAAGGACGGGGAGUUUAGUUUGAUUUUUCUGUCUAAAAAUAUCCAGUUUUCCCAGCACCGUAUAUUGAAGACACUGUCUUUUUCCCAAUGAAUGUUCUUGGUACUGCUGUCAAAAAUCAGUUACACAGAAAGGUUUUGUGUGUUCUUACUCCUAUGCGGGAUCUAAAAUUUUAAAAACCUGAACUAGUGGAAAUAGAUAAAAGACUGAUGGUCACCAGAGGGUAGGAACGGUACAGGUGAGGGGUGAUAAAGUGGGGAUGGUUAUAGUUGCAAAAAUAUAAUUAGAUAGAAUGAAUAAGAAUCAGUAUUUGGUAGCACAAUAGAGUAACUAUAGUAAACAAUAAUUAUUGUAGAAUUUAUUGUACGUAUUAAAGAAUAACUGAAAGUGUGCAAUUAGAAUGUUCCCAACACAAAGAAACAAGACAUAUUUGAGGUGGUUACCCCAAUUACCCCAAUUUGAUCAUUAUGCAUUGUAUGUCUUUAUCAAAACAUCACAUA